UUUGUUAGAUCAGCAAAUACAGCAAGUACUAAGAUAUGUAAGCAGCUUACCAAACUUUAUUGCGUAUUAUACAUAUACAAAUUAUAUUAUUUAUAUUUAUUGUAUAUUUAAUGUAUAAUUAAUUAUAUAUAUAUAAUUAAUGUAUAUAUAUUACAUAAUAAAUAAUAAUAAAUAUAUAUGUAUAACUGUUUCACUUCUUUUUCCUGAAUUGAGAUAUUCACUAUGUAUGUAGAUAAAGAAUAAUCGAAACUGCUACAGUAAAAAAAUUGUUUUUGCGAUACAUACACUGAGCUAAAAAAUGAAUUAACAUUUGGAACAUAUUAACAACUUGUUGUUAACGACAUAUUAUAAAUACAUUAACUAUAAAUUCGAAACACGCGAACCUGUGCAAUUCGCAUGUAUAUAUAUCUAUCGUAUGUAUGUGUUGGGAAUUUCAAAAAGGAAAAGUGCAGUAUGAGUCAUAUGAAUACCAGAUAUGUAACUGGUAUUCACCACGCCAUUGAUUUAGUUGCAACAUGAUAAUGUUACAAUUAAAGACUGAAGAAACGAAACCGAUCGAGCUACACGAUCGAAGUACAAUUCGCAGAUUUCAAUCAAGCGUCAUCGAUAUUUCCAUUAGACAAGUGGCAUGGAUUUGAAAAGUUCGCGGACAAAAAGUUAAUAACUACUUAUCUAUUUACGAAAAUUCAUCAUUUAGACUUCUUUCGCUUUAUCUCGGAAACUCCAAAGAAAUAGACAAAGAAAACAAAAAGUAAGAGAAAUGAUGCAAUUUUUUGGAAAGAGGAUGGUGAUAAAACUUAAUAUAUUUAGACAGAGGCAGAGAAGUUGAAACAAGGAGGAAGGUAUGAUUCACAAAGGUUACGAUUUGAUCUUGGGAAUCUGCUAUUAAUGGUUUCGUGGAUUUCGCUUAUAAUUGGUCCAUCAUGUACUUUGUCAUGACAUCCUGAUUCUUACAACAUCAUUUUCUUAACUAACCGUAUAGAAAAAAUAUUCUUCUAAAUGGAUUGACAAAACAGAGAUUUCAUGGUUGUUGAUCGCUAACAGGAGAGUCAAAAGUUGGAACAGGUUUCCAGUGAACAAAGUUCAUCGUGUGUAUACGAAUAAAAUUCAUCUAACCGUUAAUGUCGCUUCAUCUGCGUCCGUGACACAGUUUAUGCGAUUACAUAAUAUAACAGCCCCCUAAUCUUCAAACGGUCAGUUCCUUAAAAUUUCGACUGACGAUUUAACGAUGGAGAGAGAGAGAAUCGGUUUCAGUGAAUGAUGACCGUCGAAUAAACAUGUAUCGUGACGUCGACAUAUUUGAUACCCUUUCUAGAUCGAUUUUUCCAAACCACAGUUUAUCGAAUCACAUUCUGUCGGUCCAUCACGAUACACGAAUCAAAACCGAUGUUUACAUCAAUAAAGGAGUCAUUCGGAGAUCAAAGUGGUUAUCUUCAGUUUCUGAAAUUUCUGAAAUUUUAGUGUCAAACCACUUUAUUAAUACUUAUAGAAUUUCAUUAAUUUUGCCUAUCUUUUGUUUUGUGGAGUUAAUCGAUUGAGCAAAUAUGUAAGAGCGACUCGAGUAAUUAACAUUCCAAGUCUCUAAAUCUCUAAGUCAUAAUUAUUGUUAAACACUCUAAAAUUUAAGUUGCAAAUUAUUUAAGUAAAAGUUGAAAUAAGAGAUAAUUAUUGUCAUCACACAUGCUUCAUAGUAACAUUUAGGUACUGGUUUCAACAGAUAUCCAUGCUAGAAGUCGGUUGUAGUUUUUCAAUUAAUGUUUUCUCGCAUUCAUAACGUCCGAUAUGAAACUCGAACAUAGUGGUUCGAACUAGAUUGAUACCAAUUCGUUUUCGUCAUAAUAAACGAUAACUUAAGUGCUGGUUUGUAAUAAAUUAGUCAUAAGAUAACGAUGACGAUCAGUGAUAAUUCUGAGAGACCUAACAACAACUGACCUUAAUCCACUGCACCAGAACCAAGAGAAAGCUAUUCAUCGCGUAACUUAAGGUAACUUGUAUUCCCUAUCGUUUCAACGGCUGAUUCUAUCAUCCGGAAAAAGCGUGACAAAUUCGAUUUUCGAUGUGCCUUACAAAUGGUUGAACGUGGUGAUCUUAAUGCGCGGCGCUAACAUAUCAUUUCUAAAUAUGGCAAAUGAAAAGACCAUAUCUACGUAUUGUUUGUUUAAAAAUGAAUACGAUUUUCAAGAUAAUAUCUUCACAGUAACAUCUUUCCAAUUAAUCAGAAAUUUCCCAAUGAAUUCCUCCUAUAUUAAACCAAAUGUAAAAGUCCUACUUUUUACUAUGUAUACGUUACGCUUCUUAAAUAUCAUGCUUUCUGUUGAAAUAAGUCACGCUGCGGAGAACAAGAAUCCUUUUACCUGAUGAUUCUUGCGGAUAUUAAGAAAAAAUGUUUAAGGCAAAUGUACAAAUAACUGGGCAUGUCGCAAAGAACACGAAACAAGAAUGUAGCGACUCGAAAGUCUUACUACGUUACUAUGGAUACACGCUAUAGAAUGAAAGGAAACGAGAAGGAAGAGGAAUGAAAAUCAAACAAAAAUGCAUGUAAACGCUGUAGGAGAUAAUUCAACGAAUCGCGUGGAUGAAUCAAAGGAUUGGCUAUUUUAUGGCGGAGAUGCCACGCCGAUCGAAGGCAUAAGUAUCGGGGCACGUUUCGAUUCGGCGAACGACCUUGACCGAAGGGUGUAGCUGACUCGAGACGCGACAGCUUCCCUUUCUCCGUCUUUCUCGGAGCACGGUACGAAAAGAGACCUUGAUUCCCCGUGGCACGGAAUUUUCAGGCGAUCACCUAAGUAAGGCCCACACACCCCCACCCUAACCUCCUCUCGACCGAACCCCACUUGCUUAACCAAUACUUAAACCGCUAGUUCGCUCCGCCGCGGACUAUUCAAGCAGCAUCGACCGUUGGACCCACAUUUCUGUCUAUGUGUCUGCGCGCGAAUGUGUGCACACGCUCGCACACCGACACACUCGUAUCACAACACACACAUACAUACACACGAGCACACGCGUACACACACACACGCUCGUGCGCACACACACAAAACCACAAAAAUCUUAUACACAGCCACACGCGUGUGUCGUUGCGAGAACGCGUGUACCCGCGCAAAACACGCAAAACGCACAAAAAACGCGAACUGUGAGCAAGUGUUAGCAACCCGGAAGAUCGCCGGGCGUGUGACUAACGUGUGACAUUCAAAUGGUAGGAAGCUUGUGAACAGCGAAGAAUAGGCUGCUAGUGAACAAAGUGCCAAGUUUGGGCUUCAUCCCCGAUUCUUUUGAAUCGAAGCCAGACGAGGAUAAUCGAUAAGCUACUUGAGGGACAAGGUCUUUAUUGUUCGAAUCGAUCGGCUAGGUGCAAGUUGGUACGUCGAUCUGCUUUUCAAGAGACUCUGCGUCUCGUAAGAAGAGUUAGAAAUUGCUCGAUAUCGAGGUCGAUACGCAAAAGUGGAGUCUCGAGUGAAGCGAGGUGGCUACAAUUUAAUUUGCAAACGCGGCGUCGCUCUCGUCGGUGAACAGAAAUGGCGUCGGCGGCAGCAGAGUUGGUCGUGGAGCGGGAGCCGGAACCGAGAAUCGAGAUGAGCGACACGAAUCGGACGUUCGUGGGCGCCCAGGGCCUGGUCAGAAUGGCCCUUGACCAAUACACAGAAAUCCUUACCACGGUCUCGGAUCCUCGAGUCAGCGACUGGCCGUUAAUGGAUUCGCCGAUACCAACAUUUUUAAUCGUCCUUCUUUAUUUAUAUGGAGUGACGAUAUUCGGUCCACGGGUGAUGGCUAACAAGAAACCGUUCAAACUCAGAGGAACUUUGGUAGCGUACAACGCGUUUCAAGUAGUCUUCUCGUUAGGCAUGCUGUACGAGCACCUGAUGUCUGGUUGGUUGUUAGACUACAGUUACAAGUGUCAACCAGUGGACUACUCCCACAAUCCGUCCGCGCUGCGAAUGGCGAAUCUAUGUUGGUGGUAUUUCAUCAGCAAAUUCACAGAAUUCGCUGACACGAUAUUUUUCGUUCUGCGAAAGAAAGACAGUCAAGUGACGUUCUUACACCUGUACCAUCACUCUUUAACACCUUUGGAGACAUGGAUCUGUGUGAAAUUCAUUGCUGGAGGACACGGUACUUUGGGAAACCUUAUAAAUAACGCGGUACACGUAAUAAUGUACAUGUACUAUAUGGUGUCUGCAAUGGGACCGGAAUACCACAAAUAUUUAUGGUGGAAGAAGCACCUCACUACCGUGCAGUUGGUACAAUUCUUCUUAGUGUUCGUGCACAGCGCUCAAGCUUUGGUCUUCGAUUGCGGCUAUCCUAAGCUGGUGGCGGCGCUUCUUUUGCUUCAUUCAACGAUCUUCUUCGUCCUCUUCUCCGACUUUUACCGGCAAGCAUAUAAUAAGGACAGACCGAAGAAGGAGCUAAAGGACGAAUAAAUGAAGGACAUUAUCGCGCUUUAUCCCAAAUUUGCCUCCGAUACGCUCCAACGCGUCGACCUCUCUGUCGCGCAUGCACGAUCGAAAAUCACGAGUCAGUUAAAAAAAGGAAAAAAGCAUUUACAAAAUUGUAUUACACCAU